GAAGUUGAAGCCUGGAAAGCCUACAGCAGACAUAGCAAUUCCAGUACGACUGAUGCUUCCUCGUGCAGUGAUGACGAAGUGUGUCAAAGUACUGGUUGAUGUGCACAAGGCUGACAAAAAGAUACGAAGUGAAUGGGAAAAUUACGAUCCGAGUAAGGAAAAGCAGGAGCUAGGGACGAAAUCUCUACGCUGCACUUUUGUAUUGCAACCUAUGGCUGCAGAUUUUGGCGAGGAUGAGGCUACUUCCGAGAUGAUCCAGACUAUGAGAGCAUUAACUACUGAUGGUAUGAGUUUUUCACUGGCAGCGUCGUGGCUGCUUUUGGAGAAUAAAUUGAGAGGUACUGAACGUGCUAAAAGGAAGGCGUUUGGAGAGUUGAUGGGAAGCUUUUUCAAUGGCACACCACGUCCACGAGAGCCUCUUAUUCCAAGCUACGACUUACCUAUGAAAGACCAGCCACUUCAGUUAGGUGCCGUGCAUUUGCUCUGUGUAUCCGUUCUCCACCCGCGGGACUUUGAAGCCAUGUUCUCGGCCAUUGUGGCAACUCAAACCACCACGAAACUUUCAAUUCGAAUGCAGAUUAUGCCAGUCGAGGCUCCAGUCUAUGGACAUUGGUGGAAAUGGCUUGCUUACGGCGUUUUCUCCAAGCGUGCUCGCUUGAACUCGUCGGUAGAGUCACUUGCUCUCGCGUCGAUAGGGAGUAUGACUGUCGAAGAUAUCGACAUUUUCAAUGCCGUACUGGCUUCCGAUCAUCCCGAAGAACAUAUCUACCGUACCUCACGUGGCGAGAUCGACGAAAGAGAUGCGACUCUAAAAGCCGGAGCCCGUAUUCGCUGGGAAUUAGACGAUCGCGGCCAGCCACAACAAGGCUCCCGUGCAGUGAUUCUUGACUUACCAGUGACAUCUGUGCGGACGUUUAGUGACGAUGGCAAGAGUCAGUGGUUGGAUGCCGUGGUGCCAGGUUACGGGCGAUGUCAAGUGCAGCGAAAAGACCUGAUCUUCUCUCAAAGCAGAGCCGUGAACGCCAGUCCAAAUGGUUUACAGGAGCUAAAAAAUUGCCUUCGACAAGGACGAAAUGUCCGAGUCGGAUGGAUUGCCUCGUUUUCUAGCGGCGGUCGGUGGGUCUUUAAAGCACUUGACACUUGA